ACCCUUAUCAUCAGCCAGAUGUAGCGGAUGGAAUUGCUUUUAGCACUCAAAAGCCUAGUUAUAUGCCGCCUACUCUGGAAAAUAUUUUUUUAGAAUUAAGCAAGGAUUUAAGUUGUGCACCUCCUUCUAGCACAGAAGGAGUAAUCCCUAAUGUAAUUGAAGUAUCUUUUGGAGUAGAAAGGUUAAUGUUAGCCAUUUUAGAGGAUGCUUGUUGCGAGGAAACGGUAGAUUCCGGUUUAACUAGAACAGUUUUGAAAUUACAUCCUUUAUUGGCUCCCUAUUUUGUUGCUGUUAUUCCUUUAAGUAAACAAUUACAAGAAAAAGCCUACCAAAUUUACCAAGAAUUAUUGACAGAAACUAAUUUUACUACGACUUAUGAAGAAGCUAGCAGCAUUGGCAAAGCUUACCGUCGGCAAGAUGCCAUUGGUACUUAUUAUUGUCUAACCAUAGACUUUCAAACUUUACAAGAUGACACG